AUGUCACAAUCAUUACGUCCUUAUUUAACGGCCGUUCGUUACUCGCUAGAGGCAGCACUCACAUUGAGCAAUUUCUCAUCUCAAGAAGUUGAAAGACAUAAUAGACCAGAAGUGGAGGUAUCAAAUUCAAGUGCAGAGUUGUUAUUGCAGCCAAUGCAUAUAUCACGUAACGAAAAUGAACAGGUACUCAUUGAAACAAGUGUGAAUUCUAUUCGUGUUAAUAUCAUGGUCAAACAAUCGGAUGAAAUUGAACAGAUUUUGGUUCACAAAUUUACUAGAUUUUUAGAACAAAGAGCUGAAGCUUUCUACAUAUUGAGAAGAACACCAAUUAAGGGCUACAGCAUAUCAUUUCUUAUCACUAAUAAACACACUGAAUCCAUGAAAACUGAUAAAUUGGUCGAUUUUAUAAUUGAAUUUAUGGAAGAAGUCGAUAAAGAAAUUAGUGAAAUGAAAUUAUUUUUAAAUGCAAGAGCUAGAUUUGUUGCUGAAGCUUAUCUGGGUGAAUUUGUUUAUUAA